UGCGGAGUGAAAAACUCUCUCCUACGCCCACCCUAAAGGAUCCCAUGCAGGAGGUCGGAAACAUCUCUACAUCUCCGGGACAGCCGGCGGCACCUCUGGGCAGAAGCCCGCGCGUCCCAUAUUCGGAUGACUGGGAAUGUAAACAAGAAUAAGCUGUUUGUUUCCUGAUGGCUUUUAGCAUGACAUACCAUUUGUGAUGGCAUCUGAGACUGAGAAGACCCAUGCCUUACUCCAGUCUUGUAGCACUGAAUCUCUUAUUUCCAGCCUUGGUCUGGGCAUUUUCUGCCUAGUAGCUGACAGACUUCUUCAGUUUUCCAUAAUUCAACGAAAUGACUGGCUUCGUGCACUCUCAGAUAAUUCAGUACAUUGCGUGAUUGGCAUGUGGUCAUGGGCAAUAGUCAUUGGAAUCAAGAAGAAGACUGACAUUGGAGAAAUCGUCUUAGCUGGAUUUUUAGCCUCUGUUAUUGAUAUAGACCACUUUUUUCUAGCUGGAUCCCUAUCUUUAAAGGCUGCUAUUACUCUUCCACGAAGACCUUUCCUUCACUGUUCUACUGUGAUACCCGCUGUGGUUCUGACCCUGAAGUUUAUGAUGCACCUUUUCAAGCUCAAAGAUUCAUGGUGCUGUCUUCCCUGGAUGUUUUUUAUAUCCUGGACCUCACACCAUAUUCGAGAUGCAAUUCGCCAUGGCUUGUGGAUAUGCCCAUUUGGAGAAACUUCUCCUUUGCCAUUUUGGCUUUAUGUAAUAAUCACAUCAUCUUUACCUCACAUCUGUUCAUUUGUUAUGUAUUUCACAGGGACGAGCCAAGUGAUGUCUUCAAAACAUGGAAAUUAUAUUGAUGUCUGAGAUAACCAUAUGGCAGUCUUAAAGAACCAAUGGUUGAGAUAAUGACAGCCAACAUUAAAGUGAAUUUUAAAAACAUGUUAGGUACUUAUAUUAAUUAUAAGAUGUAUAAUGAAUGCUAACAUUUCUUUAUUUCAUAUAUUUUGAUCCUGACUGAAGUUUAAUUUGCCAAGUGCUUUAGUGAGUUGUGAUUACUGGCAGAAACUGCUUUUGUGCACUUAUGUUAUAAUAUUCUUAAAAGACAGUAACAUUAGACCUAGGUUAUUGUUUCAGAAAUAACUUUAGGAAAUAAUUAUUAUAAUAUGUUGACUGUAGUAACAUUCUACCAAAGUAGUAUUUUUUCAUUAUCUUUGCCCUCAAAUCUCAUGUGUUGGAGUUUUAACUGUUUUGAAAAACAUAACUAAAUUUAACAAAAUAUUUGUUUAAAAUUAACAUUAACAAAAUAUUGAUACUUGACUCAUAACCAUAAAAUCCACAAAAAAGGACCUAACCAAUAAUGUCAUUUCAAAUGUAAACUCCUGAAUGUGCCAUUAAAAUUGUUUUAGUUGCUAUCAAUUUGUUUACAUACUAUUCUAAAAUAUUAUACCAGUUAAAUCAUUUUUUUAAAAUUUGCCUGAUACUAAGAGACAAAACAAUUUUUUUUCAAAAAAGUAGUUUUAGGAAAUUGACUUUUUCCUUUGUUCUUUCAGGUUAUCUUCUGUUAAAAAUGAUUAACCUUUAUUAGAGAAGGAAAAUUGAGUUGCUGUAAGUUUUACAUUUGCACAGUUUAAUAUACUUUGACAUAACAAUCAGUGCCCCAAAGGCACCUGUUUUUUGGUAGCAUUUGUACCAGCUGCUGUCUUCAGAUUUUCUUACACAUUUGUGUUUGUAAUGCUGGUGACUGUGUGCCUUAAUCUCUGAGAAGUGAUGAAACAGUGCCUUAUCCAAAGCAGAUUUUUCUCAUUAAGUUAAACAGAGUUCUGUAAAUUGUUAUAAAGGGUCAGCCUCUUUACUUUUUGUUGUUAAGCAAU